CAUACAUACAUUACGAAUGAAGGUUUAUUUAAAAGCUCCGGUUUCUCAGAAAUACGCGUCUCCAUCCAUCCUCGUGUAGGUUUACGGGGCUGUAAUUGAAUUCGCACGCCAAGUCGCUCUGAACAGAUAGAUCCUCAUAAUCCGCAUCUCUGCUGUCGACAGAGACGAAGGAGAAACCAGUUCCCUUAAAUCCAUUAAAAGUCUAGUUUAGUGGAGGCGAUAUUAAGCAGGGAACUGGGACCGUGACAGAAUGGUUGGAUGGUUCACUGUCCUGUCCCCCCAAGCUUAGGGGUAAUCUGAGCUCUGUGCAGGAUAAGCUGUUAUGUCACAGCUAAUUGAUAUGCCAGAAGAGUAUGAAAGGUAACGUAAGGGGAUUAAGGACAAGAAUUUUUCUUUUUAAUGACCGGCUCUUGAGCAGGUCUUAUAUUUUACAUAUGUAUCUGUCCCUUUUAAUAACUAGUUAUCCAGUUAUGGCUGUGUAAGUUUUUUUUCUUCAUAUUUUUGAUGGUUAAUUAAAGCUUAAGAAGACUCCUUGUCUCAUAUGGAACUGACUGCAUCAAUAUGCUGAUGGUCGGAUCUCUUUACCUAGCAACUGUUGAUGCUUGUAUAGCCCGCCCACCACAUGAUUGACACUUUGAGGAUCCUAUGAGGAUCUUCUGUUGCUAGCCAAUGAGAGGGCUUAUGUUCCUUCCCCCCCAUCUAUGUAAGGGCAUUUUGCUGCCGGGUUUAUUGUAGCAUGGCAGGAGUGCACUUCUUUUUAUUGGAGUGUUUGUUCUGAAAGUACCGGAGAGUUACUGGCCCCGUUGUUGUUUUCGUUGUCUUUCGGGUUGCCAAGCGUUGCGUCACAUGCCUAUGCUGCUCUGCAGGUUUCAGGAUGUCCAACUUUGGUUUGUUUGUUCGUUUUGUUUGUUUGUUCUCACAUGGCAUGAAAGUAGGAUUUGUCAACGUCGACUCUGGCCAGCUGGCUACCAGAUCACCCAGCAGCGGCUGCCCAUCGCGGUGGAUGGGCGGCUCUCCUAUGUCGUGCCGGUGGACGGCAGCCAAAAGCACGUGAUGGAGAUGGAGAGGAGCGUGAGGAUCAAGCAGAUCCAGCUGGAGCAGGACAGUGGGAAGAGCCUGCGGGACGGACACCGGAGCCAGACGCUCAUAGACCUCAACAGAGCAGGCAUCGGUUUGAUGGAGCUGGUCAUGGAGCCUGACAUGUGCUGCGGCGAGGAGGCUGCGGCGGCCGUGCGGGAGCUGCAGCUCAUCCUGCAGGCGCUGGGCACCUGCCAGGGCAACAUGUCGGAGGGCCAGCUGAGGGUGGAUGCCAAUGUCUCCGUACACCGGCCCGGCGAACCGCUUGGCGUGCGGACCGAGGUGAAGAACAUCAACAGCGCCCGCUUCCUGGCCCGAGCCAUCGACUACGAGCUCCAGAGACAGAUGGCCGCCGUGGAGAGCGGCGGGACCGUGGUGAACGAGACGAGAGCCUUCGAUUUCAAGUCGGGCCAGACCAUCCCCAUGCGGGACAAAGAAGGUCUCCAGGACUACAGGUUCAUGCCGGAGCCCAACCUUCCCCCACUGCUGCUGUAUGACCAGCAGACGGCCCCCAUGGAUGCAGACCCUACGCAGGUGAUCCUAAUCGACCAGAUCCGGAGGCAGCUGCCGGAGCUGCCCAGGGUGACCAGGGAGAGGCUGGUGAAGACCUACGGCAUCCUGCCUGAGCACAGCUUCACGCUGGUGAAUGAAGACGGCCUGGUGGACUAUUUUGUGUCUGUGGUCCAGCGGACCAGAGCGGAGCCGAGGAAGGUGAUUGGCUGGGUGCUGAAGGACCUGCUGGGCCAGUUGAAGCAGCGCUGCCUGAGCACGGCCCAGAGUCCCAUCUCGCCGCAUGCGUUGGCAGAGCUGCUGGACCUUCUGGAGGCGGGACUCAUCUCUUCGCCGGCCGCCAAGCUGGUGUUCCAGGAGUUGUGGAAGGGGACGGGGAGGAGCGCGGAGCAGAUCGUGGAGCAGCAGGAUCUGGGAGCGAUGAGGGACCGCGGUGAGAUCGAGCGGAUCUGCCAGAGUGUCAUCGACUCGCACCCGGAGGAGGUACAGGCUAUCAAGGGUGGGAACAGGAAUGUCUUGAACAAGCUGAUCGGCCGGGUGAUGAAGCAGACCAAGGGGCGUGCCGACCCCUUGCUGGUGAGGGCCCUCCUGGAGGAGAAGAUGUCCUGAGGCAGGAGCCAAGCCCCACAGCCGGAGUGAGCUCCUCCCAGAGGAGGUUCGCGUUUCCAGCUCAAUUAUGGCUGCCAAUAACAGAGACUGGCACGAUUUAUUUGUGACUUUUGGAAACGUGGAGUCUCGACUUGCUGAAACCUGCCGGCUGGUCCUGGUUCUCUCUCUCUCUUCUCUGGAACACUAUAAGAAAAUGGUAGCAAUUUUUUUUUUCUUUAUUUUUCACAGGCAGGAAGCUCGAGUCCCUUCCUGUUUGUCUCCCAGUGUCAGAACAUGAAAUUAAAAAAAUCGAGAACUCCA